UAUCAUUAGCAAAGCCAGAAUACUAAUUUGAAAUCCUUUGCGGUCCAAAUUAAUGGAGCUGGUUUUGCUUAAAGCCCCAUUGUUCAACCAUCGAUGCCCACUGACGCGAGCAAUUUUUCUGUCACGAUGGUCAUCAGAUCUAUACUCUACACGACUCAACAGGCCAGUGAGAGCCCAUACAAUUAUGUCCCUACAGAGUGGGUCUGCAUUUUUUUUUUGACGGCUUAUAGUAUCUCGACCGCCAUACAUAUGGGCCAGGCGCUCAGAUAUAAACUCUGGUGGAUGAUUCCUACAGUGACCUUUGCGGGCAUUCUGGAAAUAUUCGGAUGGAGUUGCAGGUUAUGGUCAAGCCAAAGUCCCGAGCUUUUGAGGCCUUUUGAGAUGCAGCUCUUCGGCACUAUCUUAGCACCCACUCCACUAGUUGCAGCUUACUUUAUUAUCUUUGGCAGAAUAACCAUUCAUUUUGGGCCCCAGUUCAGUCGUCUGACCCCAAAUAUGUAUAUCAUAGUUUUUUUCUCAUUGGAUACUAUAUGCUUGACCAUACAAGCUGUUGGAAGCGUAUUCGCUGCAGAAGCCGUGAAUGAGUACAAAAGCCCCACGCUGGGCGGGAACAUUAUGUUAGGAGGGAUUUCUGCUCAGCUUUUUGCUAUAUGGGUCUAUCUCGGUUUGGCGGCCGAAUUUUUCUUGCGUCGGAAAUACAAUGCACCCUUCCGCCGCCAGGUCAUUAAAUUUGGGAAAGGUCAACGUUCUAUGAGUAAAGAUGUGCAAUGCAUGAUUUACGCACUCGGCUUCUGCACCAUCUGCAUUAUCAUUCGAUCCGUGUACCGCACAGUGGAGCUCGCCGAUGGGUGGUCUGGGACGGUGAUUUCGACCGAGUCCUACUUCAACUGGCUCGAUGGGGGUUUCGUCGUCGUUGCUAUGUAUACUCUCAACGUUAUUCACCCAGGUAUAUAUCUGAAGUCUGUUGACACUUCACUGCCAGACGAAGACAAAGUCAAUCUAAGUUAUGUAUUUUGAUUCUUUUUGCGACAUAGCUAGUUUCACUUGUUGCUACGUAGUUUGACGUGAUGUACCGUUUAUACCCUGCUCUGCAGAUCCGUCCCUGAAAUGUUGAUAUCCUAGAUUCCUAUAUAGUCAUUCGCACUUUCCACGCAGUGUUCGGUCGCCGAAGGUUCGCAGAAGUCAGUGAACGUCCCCAUGUCUGCGGCCCGGCGAGUGAACGUGUCUAAAACAUUGUAUAAUCAC